ACCGCUCGGUUACUGUACUUUGUUUUUAAAAUAUGAUCAAGCACACAUUAUGGAAGAGCUGCAUUAUGUAGGACGGAAACUAUUGGAAUGGCGUGUCGGGUUUUCCCAUCGUUUUCAGAUGUGUUGAGAUGGCUAUUCUCGCGCUAAUCUCUCAUGUUUUCUCCUAUUAAGCAAACGAACAUAUAAUAUACCCCUUCCGUCAACUACCGACGCACUAAAUGAAGUCAAAUCAACUAUGUCUAUGUAUUCGUCAAUUUAUUGCUGAAACAUUUUCCAAACAAGUGAUACGAGAUAGUGUGAACACAAUGCGUAGCACUGCAGGGAAGCUAAGUGAAAGUAUAAUGUUCUGUGUUCUCGGAAAUGUUUCCUCUGCACGUUAGCGUUUUUGGUAGCUACGUGAUGAGUUACAUCUGUCCUUGUGCGAGGAGACAUGUAAACAACGCUAGGCCUGGAAUAGAUCUGCUGAAGACAUAGAAUGUGAUUGGAAUGGAAACUGGGAGACUGAGUCCCUGACUGGGCAGGAGGAAAUACCAAACGAAUCGUUCCUGUCUCGAAUGAUGCAGGCAGAGGAUAGGAAGAAAACAAAACUCAGUGUGAGUUCCAGCAAAGGCGUGGUGGAGGAAUAUUGUCUAAGAGAGCGACCAAAAGAGGACACAGCAAAAAUGAAGAACAAAGUGACCAGCACACAAGCAGUGAUUGGUAAGAAGAAGGCCUGGUCGUGGGAUCAGUACCUGAGAGAGGAGAAGGCCAUAGCAGUUCCCCUCAGACUGUUCACUGAGGCCCAGUCGUUCCCCUCGAGCAGAAGUGGCUUCAAGGCUGGGAUGAGGCUGGAGGGGAUCGACCCUCUCCACCCCUCCAUGUUCUGCGUCCUGUCUGUGGCAGAGGUGAUUGGCUACCGAUUGCGGCUCCACAUCGACUGCUACUCUGAAUGCUAUGACUUCUGGGUAAACGCCGACUCUGCCGACAUAAGGCCAGCCGGAUGGUGCGAGUCGACAGGACACAAGCUCCACCCACCAAAAGCCUACAACGAAGUCGAGUUUAACUGGGAUAAAUACCAAGAGUCUUGCAAUGCUCCAGCUGCACCACAGAAUCUGUUUAAAUCCCAUAACAGUACCACGAGCACCUCUAAGUUUCAGGUGGGCAUGAAACUGGAGGCAGUGGACAGGAAGAACCCGUGCCUGGUGUGUGUGGCCUCGGUGGCCGACAUCGUGGACAAUCGCUUCCUGGUUCACUUCGACAACUGGGACGACACCUACGACUACUGGUGUGAUGCCAGCAGCCCUCACAUUCACCCAGUGGGCUGGUGCCAGGACCACGGACGACCUCUCACUGCGCCUCAGGGACACCCCAAUCCAGAACACUUCCUGUGGGAGGAGUACUUAGAAGACAAUGGUUCCACGGCAGUUCCAAGCCAGGCUUUCUGUAUGAGAGCUCCUCACAGUUUCCCGGUGAACAUGAAGCUGGAGGCGGUAGACAGGAGGAACCCCAUGCUGGUCCGUGUGGCCACCGUCGCAGACACUGAAGACUACAGGGUCAAGAUCCAUUUUGAUGGCUGGCACGAGAAGUUUGACUUCUGGGUGGACUCUGACCUGCCGGACCUUCACCCUGUGGGCUGGUGUGCCCGGACAGGUCACCCCCUGGAACCCCCCCUCUCACAUGCAGGAUCUUCUGACCUUAAGAGCUCCGUGACCCAGGGAGUGUGUCCCACCCCAGGCUGCAGGGGCGUGGGCCACAUCAAAGGGGCCAAAUACACAGGACACCACAGUGCCUUCGGCUGUCCCUACUCUGACAUCAACAUGAAGAAGGAGGUCGUGCUGCCCGACCGUCUGGGCGGCGAGAAGCAGAUCACCUUUGUCCCUGUGCACUUUGUCCAGAAGACCAAGAGGCUGUGCACCGCCGAUGACCAGGAGGAAGCCACGCCACCCCAGGAUGUUCCCAUGGAGACCAGGGCAAUGCUGUCGGGGUACGAGGGGGCUGCUCGUCUCAGAGGUCGCCCCCCAGCCAACCCCAUGGUGAAGAGAGAGCCCAGGGAGGAAGCAGCCAUGGCUCAGGGACAGAAACUGCUUUCUCUGGGGAAGAGAGGCCGGCUACCCAGCAGACUCACAACUAAAUAUCUGCGAGUCAAAGAAGAGGAUGAAGAGAUUGACUUGAAUAGCAUGAUUGAAGAGAGCAGUCUGGACAGCCUGCAGCAGGCCCUCCACCAGUCUGUGUUCCUGUCGGCCAUGUCGGCUCAACCCGGACGGGACCUACCCCUGUGCUGGGAGCAGCACUGCAAGCUGCUGCCUGGGGUGGCCGGAUUGCAGGCCAGCUGCGUGGCCCACUGGACCGUGGAUGAGGUAGCUGACUUCAUCCACUCUCUCCCCGGCUGCGAUGAACAAGCCAAUCAGUUCAAAGAGGAGCAAAUUGACGGGAAGGCCUUGUUGCUGCUGACCCAGCGCGACAUCGUCAAGAUCAUGAGUGUAAAACUCGGCCCCGCCCUCAAGAUCUACAACUCUAUCUUGAUGUUCAAGCACGCUGAGGACAACCAAUCGGCAGCCGACAAAGCCAACACAUGAAGCUUCGGAAGCCACACCCACCAGACCCAUCUUAUGUGUCUGUCAAACACAUAGAUUUACUGUGUCGAUUCAUUCCAGACCCAACUCCCUUACCCCUGCUCCUUCUCUUUGGCCUACAGGCACUUCAGUUCAAGGACUUAAACUAAAGCCGAUACAUGAUCUGUCCAAACCUAUGGACUUUCAGGUUACAGUGUGUGUGUGUGUGUGUGUGUGUGUGUGUGUGUGUGUGUGUGUGUGUUUUGAGUGUCUCUUGGACACAGCCUCCAAAUCUGCCUUUAAUACUCAAACGUAGGUGUCAUGAACGUAGGUGUCAUGAAGGUUAACUCAACAAAACCCGCAUUUCCAGGUAUACAGCACAGUUUUCUAUGUCUUUUACGCUGUAACUUCUCCCUGCUUUACUUUCCCUUAAAGAUGUGACAAUCACCACCAACAGUAUAAAGCCAUGUACUACAUCAUGACAAACCUGUGCUUUUUCUGGGUCAUCACGGUGCUACCUGUAUUCCGAAUACAAACAGUCUACAUCACAGUACGGGAGUUGAACUCUGGUACCAGUUUACGAUCUCUGUCUACCGACUCAAACUGAGAUACAUACUGUUAACAGGUCGACCAUUUUGAUUCUAUUUUGUAUGAAUGUUAAUUAUGAUAUGUUACAGUACUUAUAUGGACUCACCUAUAUUUAUUGUGAAAAAUAUCAAGGUGUUUGCAUAGUUGAAGGAAAUUAAUAUAUUAUAUAUGAGCAAAUUGUUUUUGAAAAUGCCAAAAGGGUUUUUGUUUUAAAUUUUAAAUUCAGAAUUUAUUUAAUUUGAUAAUAUUGAUAUUAUUUUAUUUGCACAUUAGAAGAAUGAAAAAUAAGUUACGUUUAAGGAAAAUGUAAAACCAUAAGAUAAUUUUGAGCUGAAGAUAAUCUAAAUAAGUAUAAUUUCUGUUAUAUGUUACAUUAGUUGAGAUAUCUUAGACUUACUUUUUGUGGAAACUGCAACUCUAGAGUCAGUUAACAUGUAUGUUUGUCUUUAUUAAACUUUUGCUCCAUUCGGGUAGACCAGGACCAAUAUUGUCUUUUUAGUUUUUACAUUUUACCAUUGGGGGUACGUUUUCUCAGUCACAAUAGGUUGAAGGUGUUUUCUUAUUAUCGAAGAACAGCAUACUUGCUCUUCUGCACUAUUAAGAGUUUAAUCUUAUAUUUUGCUAUAACUUGGAAUUGAAUCUAUGUUGAAACAAAUGCUCUAUCAUUUGCUCUCUAGUCUUCAUAUACAUGUUGCUACUAAAAUGCAACCAAACUCCAUUGAAACUUCAGGAAUAUGAAGAAACUUUUCACUGUACUUUCUGCUUUUUUUCCUAUAGGGACUUUCUCUCUAUCCCAAAAUGUUGAGCAUACAGAAACAUAUAUUUUAUUCUGAUCUCUCGUCUUUCUUACUGCUGUAACGUGCAAGACUGCUGUUUUAGUGCAUGGAAAAUACCGCUACAGUUUGGUACAACCUCCAAUAUGGAGGUAGAUAUCUGCCAAAACAUAUUUAAAAGACUCACAAUCUAUUUUGGGUGAUAUCUACCUUUAUAUAUUGUUCCCUUAUCUAUGAAAAUGACAACUAAUUUAACCAUGAAUAUGGGCUGUACAUAUUUGUAAACCGUGUUUCUUACACUGAAUUAACACUUUGUACAACUCGAUGGAUUCGUAUUACAUGAUUUCACAACCCAAAUAAACCGUGCAAGGGCA